AGGUUAUGUUGCGUGAUUUUGAGGUUAUAUCCACAUACGUUUCCCGUCAAAUCUAAAUUCACCACAUUCCUCAGAAAAUCCACGUUUCCAAACCACUUAAAUUACUUGUAAUAACAAUUAUUAACUUACCAAAAUCAUGUAUUAUCUUAAAAUUUGUUUUGCUUUACUUUUAUUUACAACCAAAGUGAACAAUGUUUUCGGUUUUGAUUCAGAUCAAUUGGAAGUAUUCGAUGUUGUUGAAGAAGUAAAAGUGAAUUUUUAUGAAGCGUUCAACAUUACACAAAAUGCAUCUCUAUCGGAUAUUAAAAGCGCUUUUCGGAGACAAUCGUUGUUACUUCAUCCAGAUAAAAACCCCGGGGUGGACACUUCAGAACAAUUUAGACACGUCGUAGCAAUAUAUGAUGUAUUAAAAGACGCGAAUAAAAGAAAAUAUUACGAUGAAGUCCUCGUUAAUGGACUGCCAAAUUGGAAAUCCGCUGUUUAUUAUUAUCGUUACGUCCGUAAAAUGGGUUUAUUAGAAACGUCGAUUAUAUUAUUUAUUAUUAUUACAAUCGGGCAGUACUUAGUAGCAUGGGGAGCUUACUUUGAAAAAAAAUUAACUUUAGAUCAAGUAAAAGGAAAAAAGCAAAAAAAAAUAGUUGCAACAAUCGAAAUUCCAAAACCAUCAUUUUUAGAUACCUUACCAUUUCAAAUCCCAAAAUGGACCAUUUAUUUCAUUACAUCAAUUCCAAGCUUUAUAACAUACUUAUAUUCAUAUUUUAAACAAAAAGCGAUAGAAAAAGUUGAAGAAAUCAUCCAAAAAGAAGAACAACCCGAGGAAACCAUAGUUUUAGAAUCAAAAACAAUCAGAAGAAGAAAACCGGGUUUUAAAAUCCCAGAAGGGCCCAAUUUUGAAACGACAACUAAUUAUUCAUCGCCCGAUAAUAUCGCUAACACCGAUUCUCAACCUCCACCAAUUUCCGGUGGAUUAUGGACUGAUGACGAUUUAGAACAAUUAAUAUCGCUCGUUAAAAAAUAUCCAGGCGGAACUUCUAAUCGUUGGGAAUUAAUUUCCGAAGCUUUAAAUCGAUCGGUACCAGAAGUGACUUAUAUGGCAAAUAAAAUGAAAAAUAACGCGUAUAGAUUACCUAAUCAACAAGAAGAAGAACCGAGCGAGCCCAUUAAAGUGAAGCAAAAAACGAAAGGCGGGAAAUUAGGCGUGGAACAAUCACAAAAUAAUUGGAGUCAGAUUCAACAGAAAGCACUCGAAGAUGCCUUAGUUAAGUUUCCGAAAGGUUGUUUGGAGCGUUGGGAUCGAAUCUCGGAAAACGUUCCGGAUAAAACUAGGGAGGAGUGUAUGUUGAGGUAUAAAAGUUUAGUUGAAGCUGUUAAAAAUAAGGAUAAUCUUAAAGAAUUUAGUUGAAAAGAGAAAAAAUAUUUUUUAUUUAUACUUUAAAAAAAUAAAUUUAAUUAAAAAAAUCA